AUGUUUGAUCCAGAGGCCUCAUUCAAGAUCACGAAACCCGCUUCGGGUCUGUACUACGCCUGCUUGUAUGGCCUCGUCUCGGAAGUCAAAAGCCUGCUUUCGCAACAUGUUGCCGUCAAUGAACAGGGCGGACGACAAGGUUACCCAAUCGUGGUGGCCUCAGACAAAGGACACAUCAAGAUCGUGGAUCUUCUGAUCGCAAAUGGAGCAGAUGUAAACCUGAAGGACCCUUUCGAUCUGACAGCUCUACACGUGGCCGCCAGCGGAGGCUACGUCGAGAUUGUUCAGCUUUUGUUGGACGCCAAUGCGGAAGUUAACGCAAUGACUGCUGAGUACGAGACCAGCCUCGGAUGGGCCUGCAGCAAUGGACAUCUGAAGGUCGUUCGGCUGUUGCUCGAUUGGGGAGCAGUCAUGAAACCUCCAGGUGGAAUGUCAGUCAACGUGCUCCAGCUGGCUUGCUCAUACGGCCACGUGGAGAUUGUUCGCCUUCUUCUCAACAAGGGCGCUGACGUAAACGGACUGGGUGAACACUCUGAAUCACCACUCGAGUCUGCUGCCGCGUAUGGUGAUGUGAGGAUUGUCUCUCUUCUACUGCAGCACGGAGCAAGUCUGACGCUGCUGCCAAAUCAGAUUGGGGAUGCCCUGGAAUCUGCUGCGGCCUAUGGCGACGAACGUAUCAUGCGGAUCCUUCUCGACGCCGGUAUUUCUGUUGGCAGAAGCACAGAGCGAGAUGAUUGUGCCUCAUUAGCUGACGAGGAGCAAGAUGGGCAUGCAAUGUUGGCUCUUUGGGUAGCAGCCAAGAACCGCCAUGUCGGCGCCGUCAGGAUGCUUUUGGAUGCAGGCGUGGGACCGAAUAAUGCUUGGGCCAAAAAUAAUGGCAUUCUCCAGCGUUUCUACAACCCCCAUGGUCAGCAAGAAGUAGAGAUCAUAAAGUUGCUGCUCGAUCACGGAUUUGAUGUCAACGACUCUGAGAGCGCAGACGAGUCGGCGCUGGAAGGUGCGGUUCGAGCCGGUCGCGAUGAUAUCCACGGCCUGGAAACACUGGGAGCGGCCCUCUUUUCAGUGCUUGUCGGCAUGGGGAAGAGAGUCUUGCGCGCCUACUACUCGACACUGGCGCAGACGCCAAUUCUGUAA